GUGGUGCUUGUUAUAGAUCCGCCAUGUCAGGAGAAGACUAUCCGUCAGACGACGACAGAAGUUUUGUCUCGGCAAAGUCAUCACAUGAUGUCCACACAGGCUCCCGCUUCUCACCGGAAGAGGAAGCUUCACUGUUAGCAGAGUCGAACAAGCUCAAAUCAGACGCCAACUCCCUGUUCGCUCACGGAUCUUUCGAGGAAGCAGUACAGACUUACGAUCGUGCCCUUUCGUCAUGCCCCAACUACCUCGAGUAUGAGAUUGCCGUCUUGCACUCCAACAUCUCUGCGUGCCAUAUCAAAGCCGAACAAUGGAAAGAAGCAACCGACAGUGCUACGAAAAGCAUAGAAUCCCUGGAGCGAAUCGAUCCUCUGCCCAAGCCAAAAGUGGCACAAGAUGCUAGUCGAGGCAAAUUGCAGGCACAAUCGGCUGUCGAAGAGAUUGACGAUGAGACGGCAGAGAAGAUCGAAGCCUUGGAGAAAAGUGGCAGAACACGAGACGAUGUACAAAAGAUCCGUGUCAAGGCAUUCUUGAGACGAGCCAAGGCUAGAUCAGAGACUGGAGGGUGGGCUGCUCUGCAAGGGGCCUACGAAGACUAUGCGUUUCUGUCGACUAUUCCGACGUUGUCGCCUUUGGACAAGAAAACAGUGCAGCGAUCGAUGAGAGAAAUUGGUCCGAAGCUAGACGACGCCAAAUCGAAAGAGAUGGCAGAGAUGAUGAGUAAACUGAAGGGCCUUGGAAACACUAUGCUGAAGCCUUUCGGCCUGAGCACGAACAACUUCCAAUUUGUCAAAGAUGAGAACAGUGGUGGAUACAGCAUGAACUUCAACCAGAAUACGUAAAAUCUCGAGAGCGAGAAUCAUGUACAAGAACAAUAAUUCUUAAUGUAAGAAACUAGUUUGGU